AUGAAAACGUUAACUUUAUAUUUAAAAAUUAGUACAUUCCUUCUUUUAAUUUGGAUGUAUCAAUGUUUUUAUAACUGUGAUUCCUAUAAAACAUUGAUUGAUAAAUAUAUAUUGCAAACAAAAAAUGAGUUAAAAUAUGAAAGAAUAUUAACAGAGGGUAACACAGAAAGAAAAGAGCAAACAAACACUCAAGGAGGUCUAAAAGAAUGUCCAUUAAAUAAUGAAAAAAAAGGAAGUAUGGAUCCGGAUAAAUACAAGAAUCCGUACAAUUAUUGGUUUAAGUUCAAGCUUCCAAAAUAUUGGGAUCGAUUUAAAAAUGAGACAAGUGGAAUGGACCAAGAAUGGAUACAAAAAAAAUGGAAUGUUGAUUUUCAGAUAUUUUCAAAUAAGAAAUUUAAUGAUCUAUUAUAUCCAAUAAUUCGUAGUAAUAUUCCAGAUAAACAAAAAAAGGAAAACAUUGAUAGUUUUAUGAAUGAAUUUGACUUAGAAUUUGAUAUAUUUUUAUUCGAAUGUAAGAACAAUAUGGCACACAAUAAAACAAAAUACAAAUCUAAGAAAGAUAUGACAAACAAUGAAACAGAAUCCGAAUCUAAGAAUGAGAUGACAGACAAUAAAAUAGAAUCCGAAUAUAUGAAAGACAUGACAGACAAUAAAACAGAAUCUGAAUCUAAUAAAGAUAUGAGAGAGAAUAUAACAUAA